CCCCCCAUCCGCACUGGGGACGAGGGACACGUGUGCAGUGCCAGGAGAGCCCCCAGGUGGCUGUAAGCCCCCCCUCCCUCUCUGCAGGACACGUUGUGUGCGUGGUGCUGCUGGUGCUGCCCGUGCGCUCCCUGGUCAGGCUCUACCUCCACCUGCUCACCGCACUGCUGCUCUGCGCGGGGCACCAGAGGGCCAGUGAUUAUGUCCACCGUGAGCUGGAGCGUGGCUUCCAGGGUGCUGUGUACAGCGACGUGGCAGAGUUUGGCCGCUUCACCACCGCCCUCGCAGGCCAGGUCUGCAUCUGCAUCCUCUGUGCGUUACUGAUGAGGACCCGGCACGCCUGGCUGUUUGCCGCCCCCCUGCUGCCUGUGCUGGCCCGGCUCUGCGGCUUCCCCCUCCAUGCCCUGCCCAUAGCCAACACUUUCGCCGCCAUCCUCACCAGCACGGAGGUUCUGUUCGUGCUCAGCUCCCACAUCCUCAUCCCCUUCCAGCUGGCUGCCGCUGCCUGCCGUGAGAUCUUGCAGGCCAUGGAGCUGUACCGGCUGCUGGCGCUGGGGGUUUCUCUCUGGAGCCAGCUGUCCAUCCCCCUCCUCUUCCUCGUUUUCUGGCUGGUGCUCUUCUCCCUGCGCCUCUCCUCCUUCCUGGCCUCCUCCAGCAGCCCCUUGGCCCAGCAGGGGCUGCUCUUCGUGCUGCUCAGCAGCGUGGCCGAGUGCUGCAGCACGCCCUACUCCCUCAUCGGCCUCACCUUCACCGUCUCCUACCUGGCCCUGGGGGUGCUCAACCUCUGCAAAUUCUACCUGCUGGGCUUUGGUGCCUUCCAGAACGGCAACGUCAUGCACAGGGGGGUGACGGAGGGAGUGACGCUGCUGCUGCUGGCGCUGCAGACGGGGCUGCUCGACCUGCAGGUCCUCCAGCGGACCUUCCUCCUCAGCAUCAUCCUCUUCAUCGUGGUGACGUCCACGCUGCAGUCCAUGAUCGAGAUCGCCGACCCCAUCGUGCUGGCGCUCGGGGCUUCCCGCAGCAGGAGCCUCUGGAAGCAUUUCCGCGGUGUCAGCAUGUGCCUCUUCUUGCUGAUCUUCCCCUGCUUCAUGGCCUACAAGAUCGCACAUUUCUUCCACCUGGACUUCUGGCUGCUCAUCCUGGUCUCCAGUUGCAUGCUCACCUCCCUGCAGGUAGGAGGGCUCCCUGCCCCACACCCUGCUCGUGUCCCAUCGCUGUCCUGGAGCCGCCUGCCCCAUCCUGCAGGCUUUCAGAGGGCAGCUGUGCCCUGCUUGUGCACGACUCGGGUGCUGAGGGAGCUGGUGGGGGUGAUUGCUGAGCCCCUCUCGGCCAUCUGUCAACUCUCCUGGUUAACUGGUGAGGUCCCAGAGGAUUGGAGGCUUGCUGAUGUGACUCCCAUCUUCAAGAAGGGCCGCAGGGA